AUGUCGUUUUAUAUUUUUUUUAAGAAACGCGCGUGUCGGAGGGAAAAUGAAAUCCCCAAAUUUUUUAAACCCCCACCUUCUUCUCCCUCGUCUCCACCCCUCAUCCACAUCCACUACCUCCAAUCCUCAUUUCCUCUUCUAGCCUCAAACUACGGCGAUGCACCUUCCUUCUCGAAUAAUGCUUCAUUUACCACCAUCGUCCGAUUAUGUGAGCCCAAGGAAUUGACGGAGACGAAGAAGAUUAUGGAUCAAUUGCUUCACAUCAUGUUUAAGAUUGAAGAAUUGGCUCAACUUGCGGAUUCGAUGCGGCAGGCUGUGGCUUUGCUUAACGAUGAAGAUGUUGAUGCAAAUUCAUCGUCUUCUUCAAAACUCCCUUCCACAUUUCUUAAUUUUUUUGCUCUUGGAAAUACCAUAAGUUUGUCUUACAUGAGCUCUUUUGAUCCGACUACUUGCUUUUGUGUUGAUUGA